AACGACGAUUGUGAACUUGUCAGCUGGGACGAGUGGUGUUCUAUCUCAGUCCUGGAGACACUUGACCUCCUCAGUGGUCAAAGACAUGAAAGGGCCAACAUGUUUGCUGGGUAUGAGUCUAUGGAGGAGUAUGAGGACGAGCUGUACAAGGAGCCAGGGCAAUCCAGCGACUCCGAGCUCGACAGCGAGGUGGAGUUCCACUUGUACAGUCAGGUCCACUAUGCCAGCAGGGCCGGAGACGGAGAAGUGGAGGACAAGGUGGAAGAGAACGGCGCCGUGGACAGGGGACAAGAGGAGGAAGUGAUCAGCAUCACUUCUGGCUGCGAACCGGAGGUAAUCACGCUGUCGGACAGCACGGAGGAGGAAAGCAUUUGUGUCACGAAGGGCAGCAAGAUGGACGGUUUCUCCAAGGCUUUGAGGAAGAGGGCUUGCCCUUCCUCUUCCACCCCAUUGCCCCCCCGCAAGGGGCAGCGGGAGACGGCGGCGGAGCAGGCCGAGACCCUUUCCGACAGCGAGGACUCUGACUGCGUGGAGAGCUGGAUGAUCCUGGGACGGGGGCAGCUGGCAGAGGACCGUUCAAUCCAGCUGAACCUGAAGGACCACAGUCGAGAGAGCUGGGGCUCCGGAUCAGGUGAAGACAACUGGACCAUUUCUGACAAAGAUAUCGAGGCUCAGAUAUGCAAUAAGAGAGACAGACUACGGAGUGUAAACCGCUACUACAAGCCAAACAAGAACGUGACCUGCCGGAGCUGUGGGAAAAAUGGGCAUCUGUCCAAAAACUGCCCCACCCCCAAGAAGGCUCCAGUCUGCAUCCUGUGUGCUGAGCCAGGGCACCUCCAGAGGUCCUGCCCACUGAAGCACUGUGCCAACUGCAACCGGCCCGGGCACGAAUCCGAGGAAUGCAUCGACCGCGCUUUCUGGAAUAAACAGUGCCACCGCUGUGGGAUGAGGGGACACUUCUUUGAUGAUUGUCCAGAGAUAUGGAGACAGUAUCACCUCACAACUUCCUCGGGGCCUAUUGUCAUACCUGAUGACAAAGAGAAACAGAAAAGCCCGGCCUACUGCUACAACUGCUCUCGAAAAGGGCAUUUAGGACAUGAAUGCAAGCAGAAAAGAAUGUUCAAUAAUACGUUCCCCACUCUCCCUUUCAUUACUUACUAUGACACAAAGCCAGAUAUUGAGGGAACGAAUCACCGGGUUUGGAAGAGAGCUCAAGAGCUUUACGGAGCUGGUUUACUGCGUGAAGAGCCAGCCAGCAAGAGGAGGAAAACGGCCACGGUGGAGGAGAAGAAGGAACGAGGGGAGGCCCAGCCUCCCAAGCCCAAGCAGAGCAAACAGCCGAAGCAGCAGAACAAGAAGACAAAGACCUGGCCAGAAAAACGGAAGGAGCUGUGGCUGCUUAAGCAGCAGAGGAGAAAAGCCCGGCAGGAGGUAGUGGAAGAUACUGAGGAUUUUCCAAGGGGCCCCAAAAAAACCUCCUCAGGUGUCCCCGUUCACCCAAAGAAGCGAAGCAGGAGCCCAGGGCUCUUCAGCACACUGAGCCAGCCCAGCAAGGAGAAGCCCAGGAAACUCAGGCCGAAAAAGAAGGCCAAGAGAAGGCAAGGCCGUCUCCAUGACAACAGCUUCCCCGUAGACGAGGACCUCUUCCUCAUCAAACAGAAAGUGCGCAGAAGGAAACGAUAGCCAUGAGCACACGUGCUCCCCAUCGCCCUCGUGCUGCACGUCACAUCCUAAGCCCACUUUUUUAUCGUUCAGAACGAGAGCAGGAAUAACAGAGAGUCAGUCUUUUUAUUCCUUGUUCCCCACCAAAAAUAUAAUGAAGUGAUGGUUGCAUUUCUACAAGUACAGUUCUACACAUAGAAGAAAAGCCUUUUAAAUUUUUUUUAUUAGGGUAUUUUUACACAAGCUUUUGUUUCCACUUUAACAUCUGGAACACGCUCCUUACCAUGAGAAUGUAGCAUUGAAUAUGUCAUCUAUUUGUGUUGAAGAAAGUAUUGUUCCCCUUGAUCGGGGGAUAGGGGGAGGCACAUGCAAGAAUUAAUGGUGCUUUCAGAAACCCUGUUAAUCUGGUCAUGAUCAGAUAUUUGGCAACAGUACAGAUCUGAAAUUGUUUCCAUGAUGAUAUUCAACAGUUCUCCAGAAGGCCCUCAGAUGGCAGUGCAGCUUUCUUGUUAAUGACCUAGGAGUAUACUCCACUUGUAAUUUCAAGAAUAUUAUGGAAAUCGAAUAAAUAAUGGAUUCCCCAUGAAAAUAAUCUUAAAAGUAA